AAAAGAGUGAAAUAAAUGAAAUAUGAUUAAUCAAAAUUUGAGUUGUUUGAAAGAAUUAUACUUAUCAGAGAAACUAAAUUAAAUUCUACAACCAUGAAGAAUAACAGCAAUCUUGAUAAAUUCUGUUUUUUUUUCAAAAUCAGAACCAAUCAACCUUUUUCUGAUUAUUCUGUCACUUUCCAUAUUUUGGAGAAAAAAAUAAAAGUGUUCAUCGACGCCCUGUACUGCAUGAUGAAACUGUAUCCCCACUCGGCCCUCGUAACCCCCCCCCCCUCUCUCCCUCUCCCCCUCCCCCACCACAAUGCCCCUUGCUCAUUUCUCUUAUCUCACCUUGACCUUAAUUAAUUAAUCUUAACUAUUUGGCGGUACAGUCAAACGUGACUGGUCGCCAUCAUAGUUUCAUCCCCAACAAACAAGGAACAAACAAUAACAAUUCUGUUUUUCGACCCAACAUCAUUCCUUUCAAUACGCGUAAGGCUAUACGUGGGUAUGCACAAACAACGUGGGUUAACAAAAACUGACCCGCGUUUGGACUAAAAUUGUGAUUAAAAUAAAAAUGUUAUAAAUAUGAAAAAAAUAUGUGUAUAAUGAAGGAUAUCUGAUAACCGGAAAAACAUCAAUCGCUAAUUCAUCAAAAUGCUGGAAAAGAUUUGACAGAGGUUUUUAACAACGGUAAUCAAGGGGAAUUAGUGUAUGGGUGAAUGGCGUUCGAGCUUUAGCCGAGCGUUAGCCGGAGAGGGCGCGGGCCAAAUCUGCCUGAAUCUGGCAAUAUGGCGUCGUCCAUUAAGCUGACGUUAGCCAGCGGCGACUGCACGUACGUGCGAUCUGUACAGGGGACUCAAUGGCCAUAUGUUUAUGUGUAUAAAGUUCAGAUAAAACAGGGCAGGGAAGUUGCGCGACAGCCGAGGUAAGUCACUGUUUUUGUUCCUUUUAACUUGAUUUUCCCCGUUUUUUGGCAAUUAAUGCCAAGAGGGAAUAUUAAUUUGCAUUUCGGUCGCGUUAAUUUUCAAAAGUUUGAUUCAUUAAAGACAAAAAUUGAAGAGCCCCAAUGCCAUGGGGGGAUUUUGCAUUGUAAGUCCCCUAAUGGUGGCUGCACGAUAGCGAGCCGUCUGUGUAUGAGGAGAAAUUAAAAAAAAAAAAAAAUGUUAAAAAACUCCUCGAAACAGACGGCUGCCAGCUGUCUAGAUGUAGGGUAGUCCCCUCUAUAUGUAGAUCCUUUAGAGACUUCUGAUGAGUAAAGGGGGGGAAUGAUAACCUCCCAGAAAUAAAAGGAAAACAAUAUCAAUGAAUAAUAAAAUGAUAAAGGCUGUCAGAUAAUUGAACUAUUUUAUUACUGUCAGAAUCACAACCAGCCAUUUUUGUCUUGCCAACCAGCUUAAGGAUGCUGAAUGGUAAUAAUAAUAAUAAUGUGACUUAUAAAGCGCCAAAUCCACUCUGUAGAGUGCUCAAGGUGCAUAAAGAGCUAAGAGUUAAAUAAAAAAGUUUUUAGAAGAUUUUUGAAAGUUUCGACUGAGGUACAUUUUUUUUUGUCCUCAGGAAGGCUAUUCCACAAAGUGGGGCAUGCAAAAUGCAGAGCUGCCAAAUAGUACGAUUUUGUCGUAUUCCGUACGAUUUUUCACUUAAAAUACGACACUAGGAUUUUUACAAAUAAAAUACGAUUUUUUGAAAAUAUAGCUAUGGCAAGAUCGACAUUACAGAAAUCCACCUCGGGCAAUCAUUAUUGAAAAAUGAUAAGUUUUGGUGGCCCGAAUCGGGCAACCAAUAAUUUUCACAGCGCAAUUUUUCUCCCGAUUUUGCACGCAUUUUGAUUUAUCAACUUUUUACAGUUCAAAUUGCAUCCAAUUCGUCAUGCGCCCUUUUUGUUGAUCUACACACAAAUACACACACACAUGACAGUACAUAGGCUUACCGCUAUAGCAUACAGUAGCUAUUAUCAAGCCGGGCAGCCAGCUGGCGUGCGUGAGCUUUGCAUGAAACCACUGCAGCUACAUGUAGCUAUCUGUGUGCUAAUCAGCCUAUUCAGACUCAGGGAGCUACGAUACGAAAUGUUGCUGCUAAGAAAUCUUCCACAGAACUUUGAAAAUCUAUGUCAAAGUCACAUUUUACAACAAUGAAAUGCCCUUCUACAGUCGAUAUUACUCAAAUCUGGUGUAAACUGAUUAUUUGCAAGCAUUAAAAACAGGAAUUAUGACCUCUCUUUUGACUCAGAAAGACCGAUUUCCAAAUGUAUCAAUACACAUAAAAACACAUAGGUGAGUACAUCACAGUCCCAUAUAUGCAUUUGUAUGUAUGUUGAUACUUGGUUUCUUUCGAAGCUGUGUCUUUUCUAGCAAAAAAUAAUAAAUGACUUCUUAAACCACUCUUCAGAAAGAAAAUACUUUGGGAAGGCAUUUCAUUGAUAUGAAAUGUGAAUUUUUCAAAUAUUUUGGCAAACGAAGUAAAGGACUUCUCACACUUUUUUUCCAGAUAUAACUUUUGCCAUUUUCUUAUUUUUUUCUUUUUUUUUUGACAGUGGUUAAACCAUAUACCCCUUCCCAUUGAAUAUGCCUGAUUAAAGAAUAUGUUUCUACUGAAAAAAUAAUACAAACAAAAUUAAGGUUAUAAAAAUUGAAAUGGGCCAUCCCCAAAAGGUGAGUGAAAAUUAUUUGCUCAAUUGGCUUAAACUGUUGCUACGUACAGCUGUUAAAAAUAUUUGUAAUGGCUUCUCAUUUUUUCCCCCUUCCCCAUUUUUUAUUAAUUUUGUUUUAUUAAGUUUUUUUUUCAUUUUCUUUUGUUUCUUUUUUCUUUAAUUUUUUUUCUUUUUUACUUUUUUUUUCCUGCUCUGUUUUUCUUCAUUUUCUUUCUUUUGUUUUAUUUCACUUAUUUUUUAUUUUUUUGUUUUCUUUUUGUAAUAUUCUUUUAAUUUUUUUUGCUCGUUUCCCACUUUUAUGCAUUGUUCUAAUUUUGCAGCAUAUUUUUCUGUGAUUUUCUCCUGCUAUAAUAUGCUGCAAAAGAGAAAACAAAAAUAAAUGGGAUUUGGAGCCUGUAUAAUCUAGGUUUUAGGAUUCAAAGAGGAAGAAAGGAAAAAUCAUUGUUUUGUACAUUUAUAUGAGUUAGCUUUGCACUAUUUGUUUUUACUAUUAUGAGUGUGUGUCUACACAUCCUGGGAACAAUAAAUUUUACUCUCUUUCAAUCAUUUCAUAUUUACAAUGAUAGAACAAUUUAUAUUUUACCACAAAAAUCAAUUAGCAAAGUAAAAUAACAGCAAACAAGAUUUUCAUACAAGAUAUACAAAGUGAAAGUGACUUAGUGGUAGUGGCUGCAUAAUUGAUAUUUCAGAAGUUUGUUGUAUUCAUUUUUAAUGUUUUUCUUUAUAUUUUUGGGGCCACAAAAAUUUAAUAUCGGGCCAUCAAAUAAAAUAAUUUGAAGGUUCUGGUGGCCCGAAUGGGCCACCACUAAAAAAAGUUAAUGUGGAACCUUGCCUGUCGGAUGUAAAAAAAAUUACAGUGAGCACAACAAAAUAAUGAGAUGUAUAGUAGGAAAGUACGUAACGGGUAUGAAUAGGAUUUUUUGUCUAAAAAUAGGAUAUUUUGGGUGAAAUAAUAGGAUUUUUUGUCAAGUGUGGUUGGCAGCUCUGCAAAUGAUCUUUCUCCCCCGGUUUUUGAAACUUUUGGAAUUACAAGGUAGCCAGAAGUGGAUGAGCGCAAAGACCUGCUUGGUCUGUAGUAAUUGAUAAAUGAAAGACUGUAUUGUGGUGCUGAUCCAAGAAUACUAUGAAAAGCAAGCAACAAAAUCUGAAAGAUAAUCCAAUUUUUGAUAGAAAAGGAAAAAGUAAAUGGUAGUUUUGAAUAGGAUAUUGGGAAAUACUGAGAGGGCUGUGUAAGGGCUGGGGACAGUCAGCCUGCUUUAUGAGAUUUGUGCCCCCUUGCCCUUGGUACUUAUAUUAUUAUAAAUCUAGUUCUUUAUUUCCUUUAUUUCAGGAUAACUUUCCAAGAUGACGCGCUACUCCCAAGAACCGGAGAAUGCUGCCAAGUCCUGCAAGGCAAGGGGGUCGUACCUCCGUGUUCACUUCAAGAACACCCGUGAAACUGCUCAGGCCAUCAAGCACAUGCACGUCCGCAAGGCUGUUCGUUUUCUUAAAGAUGUGACCAACAAGAAGCAGUGUGUUCCAUUCCGCAGAUUCAAUGCUACCGUUGGACGCAAGGCCCAGGCUAAGGCAUGGAAUCACACCCAAGGUCGCUGGCCCAAGAAGAGUGCAGAGUUCCUUCUUCAGCUCUUGAAGAAUGCUGAGAGCAAUGCUGAGUACAAGGGCCUUGACGUGGACUCCCUUGUCAUCGAUCACAUCCAGGUCAACGCAGCCCCCAAGAUGAGGAGGAGAACAUACCGUGCUCAUGGACGCAUUAAUCCUUACAUGAGUUCCCCAUGCCACAUUGAAUUGAUCCUGACUGAGCGUGAACAGGUGGUACCCAAGCCAGAGGAAGAGGAGGAGGCCAAGAAGAAGGUCUCCAAGAAGAAGCUUGCCCGCCAGAAGAUGAUGGCCAGGGAUUAGAUCAGCAGCACAAAUCAAUGGUAGCAACAGGACACUCGUAAUGCGAAACCCAGCAAUAGCAGAAAGAACUCUAAAUCAAUCCUUCGUUAUUGAUCUUAUCGGGAGAGAUCAACAUCACAGAAACUCAAAGACACAUUCUCCGGGCCAUAUGUUGAAUAUUGUGCAGAUGUUCAAUGUGUGAGACAAUAAAUACAAUGUACAAUACUCAAA